AUGACCUUCAAUUCAAAUCCAAACUUCGAUGAACAUCGAUGGAUUAUCAACGUCCGUCGAACACUCGACGAAGAGCUCGAAGACGACACUGAAAUUCCUGUCUGCAUUUUCAAUGUUCCAAAAAUUCUAAUGGCAAGCUCUCCUGACUGCUAUAUUCCUCAACAAGUUGCAAUAGGUCCUUACCAUUACUGGCGUCCGGAGCUCUAUGAGAUGGAGAGGUACAAGCUUGUCGCGGCGAAAAGAGCUCAAAAACAACUCGAAAGCCUCAAGUUUUCGCACAUUGUUGAUCACUUGAUCAACCUGGAGUUGAAAAUUCGAGCCUGUUACCAUAAGUUCUUAGAUUUUAGUAAUGAAACUUUAGCCUGGAUGAUGGCUAUUGAUGCAUCUUUCUUGCUAGAAUUCCUCCAAAUCUAUGCCAUUAAAGAAGGGAUCACACUCACAAGAGUUUCCUCAAGAAUCUCACAUUUGGUUGAUUAUGCAGGGAGAAAAUCAGCCCACAAUGCAAUUCUCAUAGAUAUGGUCAUGCUUGAGAACCAAAUCCCAUUAUUUGUGUUGCGAAAAAUUCUUGAAGUUCAAUUUUCAUCAUUGGAGCUGGCUGAUGAUAUGCUAUUCUCGAUGUUGGUUGGAUUUUGUAAAGAGAUUUCCCCAUUUAAGAUGUUACAGGACAUUCCCAAGAUCAACAUUUCUCAGUGUUCCCACUUGCUAGAAUUUCUGUAUGACAUGAUCGUGCCCAGAAUUGAAGCCCCAGAGGAGACAAGUGAGGCUGAGGAUCAGCUUGAUGCAAUGCAUGGCAAAUGUAUCCCAUCAAGGCUAAGCGAAGGUCUGGUACGUCUUCUCAAAAGGUUGCUAUUUUCUAGACUUGUUAAAUACUUGCUUAAAUUGCCUUGGACAAUCGUCUCGAAUCUCCCUGUAUGUUCGAUGUUGAAACAACUUGUUGAAUACCUAUUCUUCUCACAAGACAAAGAAGAAAUCCAACCAAAGAAUAAGAACCUGAACAAUGAACUUAACAAACCUCCAUUGGUGGAGGAGAUCGCAAUUCCUUGCGUCGCCGAGCUGUCUAAAUCCGGAGUCCUUUUCGUACCCACAACCAGUAACAUCCUAAGCAUUAGUUUUGAUGUUAAGACCGAUACCUUGUACCUUCCGAUUAUCAGUUUAGAUGUGAACACAGAGGUGGUCUUAAGAAACUUAGUAGCAUAUGAGGCAUCAAACGCGUCAGGACCGCUGGUUUUUACGCGUUAUACUGAAUUAAUGAAUGGGAUAAUCGAUACCGAAGAGGAUGUGAAGUUGCUUAGAGAAAAAGGCAUCAUUUUGAACCGGUUAAAGAGCGAUGAAGAGGUUGCCAACUUGUGGAAUGGGAUGAGUAAAUCUAUUAGACUUACCAAGGUUCCUUUCUUAGACAAAGUGAUUGAAGAUGUUAACAGGCAUUAUAAUGGACGAUGGAGGGUAAAAGGUGGGAAAUUUAUGAAGCAAUAUGUGUUUAGUUCCUGGAAGUUCCUCACAUUGGUGGCUGCAGUUUUUCUUCUGCUCUUGAUGACAUUACAAGUCUUUUGCUCUGUCUAUAGAUACACUCGCAUACUUCAAACUAGACCACCUAGAAACCACUCCUAG